GAAGCGCGGGGCGAAAAAUCAUCGUUCGAUUUACCGGUCAUCGUGUCUCCGGAACCGAAAGGGGAAAAAAAAUAAAAAAUUGUUGAAAAUAAGUGUGGAGUAGUGCGAUGGAUGGGAGCGCGAUGUCCUCGUCGCGCGGCUCCUUGGACCGGACACGUGAUGUUCGUCGGUUAUCGAAGCUCCGAAUGGAUCGCGGAUGAAAUAUGACGACGCGCGUGUUAACCGUAGUUGCAUGAUCGGAUCAACAGCGGCACGGUUCCCUCGGAGAUUAAGAUUGAACGAGCAAACCGUUUACGCCGGGAGCAUUGUCCUGUAAACCGUAGCCCGUAUUCGGAAGCGCAACGCAUUGUGGGAGACUGAUCCGAUUGUAGGAGGCUCGGGGAGAAUUUUUGCACGGGGAAGGCCGAGUAUUUUCGCAUUGAAAUGCCGAUGGUUGGCCGGAGGCGUCGAAUCGUCGGCUUUUCUCUCUGAGUCAAAGAACUCGCUGGUUAAAAGAAGUUGAUGAAGAAGCGACCAAGUGUGAUAAACCCAGGGAGAGGAAGACAGCGAAGGGAAAGGACCAGCGUGCAGGGAGACCGAUAGAAGGUCUUCGUACAUCAAACACAUAAGCGAUGGAGAAGGACAGCGAACGUCACUACAGAGCUUACGAGAGCUUGAAAGCUGCCAACAAUGGCAACACUUCCUCGCUCAAGAGGGGAGUCGAUACGUCAAAGAGCAGCGUCAAUGCCGGCGUGUCCCAUCAUCAUCAUCAGCAGCAGCAACAGCAGAAUGGACAGAUCAGGUGUCUGUGCUUCGGCGGUGUACCCGACAAGGCCAGUCAUCACUCCUUCCUCAAGGGCUUCGUCAUCAAUCUCGGAAUUUGCUCUCUCCUCGUCGCGUACACCCUCCUCGGCAGUUUCAUCUUCCUGGCCAUCGAGGGUGGCGCCGAUCACCUCCAACAGAGGACACUCGCAACUACCGUUGCUGGCGGCAACUCGAGGAGAAAUACCACCGCUUGGCUCAACAAGGUGAACCGCGACGCUCGCGAACAAACGGUCGAAAGCAUCUGGGAAAUCACGGAACACUUGAACAUUCUGUAUCGUGAGAAUUGGACGAGACUCGCCGAGCAGGAAAUCACCCGCUUUCAAGAUCGUCUCGUCAAGAAAAUAAUGGAGGACAUGCACGCUAAUUCACAAACUACGAGAACUUACACCGGCGAAAAAGGACGCAAGGAAAUCGACUCGGAGCCGAACGCCGAACGCAAUUCUCCCGAUUACGAGUGGAACUUUGCCAAAGCGUUUCUCUACUCGCUUACCGUCCUCACGACAAUCGGCUACGGGAGCAUAGCGCCACGUUCAACAUGGGGAAAAGUCGCGACGAUGGGCUACGCGGCACUCGGCAUUCCGUUGACCCUCGUUUAUCUCUCGAGUGCGGGAGGUCUGCUCUCCAGAUGCGCUCGGGGUGUUUUUACUCGAGCUCUUUGCUGCUGUCUGUGCUCGAAUUGCGGCUACUGCUGCUACGACGAGAGGCGAAUGCAGGAGAAGGAGAGACGGAUGAGGAAAAAACGCCAGCAGGAGGAAUUGAGCCAGCAGCAGCAACAGAUGCAACUGCAGGAGCCUUUCUACGUGCGAGCAAACGCCUCGACGUUUCCGGGCUCGGUCGACAUAAAGACGAGCCCAAAGGAUGAAAUAUCGAGCCUCGGCUCCGGUGACAGACCGAACGUCACGAUAUUAGCGCCAAUAAGCAUCUGCCUCGGGGCCAUGCUCUGCUACAUUGUUGCCGGAGCUUUUACCUUGUACAAAUUAGAGGGCUGGAGCUUCGUAGAUGCGAGCUAUUUCUGCUUCAUGAGCCUGAGUACCAUCGGUUUCGGUGACAUGGUUCCUGGUUCCUAUCCACGCUACGAUCUCGUCGAUUCAAGAAACAUAACGGUAUGGUUUUGCUCUUGCUACAUAAUGUCCGGGAUGGCAUUAACGGCGAUGUGUUUCAACAUACUCCACGACGAGAUCGUGCAUCGUCUCGCUCAUCAAACGGAGAAAAGUGAGUCCGUGAAGCCAAGCACGAGCGUCGACGAGCUGUCGAACGAUCCGUUCGCCUUGACGUCGUGACAAUUUCCAGGCAGCAACGCCUGUCAUCGCAACGUUACCGAGGAGAGCCUCUGCGGCGAACCGCCCGCGAGCAUAUUCGCCCACGAUAACGAGAUCAAUAUUCUAAAAGAUUCUUACAAUCAAGUCGACGUUACCAGAGACUGUAAGCCGAUAAUCAAACUCGAAGAUCACAUCGUUGGUCCCAUUUCGGCUGUCUACACCCUCCCCGAAGUCGACGAAGAAGCUGAAGACAACACCGAGAUGUAAACCCGCUCCUCGUUACGAGCAUAGCUUCAAAUUUUCCCCUGAAAGUCCCCACGAACGAGCAGAUCGAUCAAUUCUGAAAGAAAAGUCCUCACCCGCAUUGCUUCGGAUUGGCUGACCACUCUUUCAUUGAAAAUCAAAUAAAUGACAACUUCUCUCUUCGGGAUCAUCCGAUCCAGCGAUUCUGUAUGUCGAAUUCAACUUUUAAAAAGCCUCGCGUUAACGAGGCGAAAGACAAACGUUAAAUUCAAUCGACAUUUCCUCACACAGCUGGACAUCGUGACUGCUCUCUUCGUCUCUAUUUCUCCGCUACGAAUUCCUCGCAUUUCUCUGACUCUCGUGGAUGUUCCCGUCGUCUUAUAAUCCCCGAGAUGAUGCUGUCGAACGUCGAAGUAUGGAAAUUCUCGGGCCCGAGCCAACUAUGCGCUCACGCGUAUUCCCACAUGAUACGUUCAAAUAUUUAUCACAUUUUUCACAUCCAUCAAAUAAUAAAUAUGAGAAAAUGUAUUAUUUUUGUAUGCAGUAGAAUUUGUGAUGAAUAUUGUUAAUUUGGGAAUCACGAGGAGCGAACAUUCAAACGAAUCAUUUUUGACAAAUACGCGCGUUUUUGGUUCAGUGAAAUGUUCGAGUUUUUAAACAUCGAGGAUUCUAUUUUUCUUGCUCAACAGUUUUUCCAAACGCUUUAAAAUAUAUUCUGCUCUCGGUGAAUGCUUCGGCGCAGCAUUUUUUCGCAUUCUUUUUUUGUGCCAGAGGAGACCGAAACGGAUUCGGAACAUUCAUGACUCAUACUUCCGCGGGUCCAGGCGCCCCGAGAGCUGUCGGAAUAUUUUUCCGAAGAGAGAAAACAACGCUCGUAAGCAAUCGGAAAACGGGGGAAAAAGUGAAAUAGAGAAAAAGAGGUAAUCGCGGCCCUUCAUUACUUGUAAAUUCGUGUAACUCGCUAUCUCACUUUUUGUAUCCUUUAAUUUUUUCUUCCGAAAUAUGAAAUAAUACUGAAUUCCGCAGUGCAGAGGAGAUUCGAGCGUGAAUGUUCGUGGCUCUCCUGUUGCGGGGGAAGAAACAAAACUGGAAGAGAAACGGAAUAUCUAUUCGUGCGAAAUUUCUACAAUCCUAAACACUCUUAGAUAGGAAUUAUCGACAACUUUCUUUUUUACGGUUUUAAUACGUACGUUAAUUAUAUAAAAGAUAAAUAUGUAUAAAUACACACAGAGAAAUGGACAGCUGCGUGGACAAGAAAUUGAGUAAUAACCGUGGACGUUUUCGCGUGAACUUUGUAACGAUGUGAAUGAUCAUUUGAAUCGUGCUGAGCCCACCUCGAGCAUGAAUCUACGAACGAACUUGUACAUUUAUUAUGUGAGAGCAUUUUUCUUAUCGUAUUUUUAACGAAAAUCCUAGUCGCAUACUGGAAUUCAAGGGUUAUCGAAAAAGCGUCUGACGUUGAAGAAUGCCGGACGCUGCCUCCACAGGAAAAGGAAGCAUAAAAGAGGUAAAAGAAGAGGAAAAAUGAAAUGGGAAAUAUGUGCAAAAUGCACGAUACGUUUCCUGCUGGCAGCGAUCGCCGAUGGGAUAAAAAUUCGUUUACCGAUCCUAUUUCUCACGAUCAAAAUGUCCACCGCGAGCUUCUUUUUCUCUUCUUACUGCACAAACGUGGUCAUUGAUAAUCCUGUGAAAAUUUAUCGUCCCGGUGAGCAGGCAGGAAUCGACGAUGCGUCGGAAUUUCGUCACUGCGUGGAAAUUGCGUUCAGGAAGCAGAAAUGAUUUUGGACUCUUCUGAAAAUUCGAUUGGUCGAACAUUUUUUAAAAUCUGAUCUCACUCAUUUUUCAUUUCAAUAUGAACUGUCAACUGCGGCAAUUGAAGGAUAAAACGAGUGCAAUUUUCCAGUUAAAUGAUGCUGAAAGCUGUUUCAAAAUUUUCAUUCCCAGCAAACGAAAGUCCACCGGAAUAACAUUCGUUCGUUAGGUCGAUGAAAUUAAUGGUAAUUUAGUUAUUUUUUUAUAGUAAAAAAUGGACAGGAUCGGUUGGCGGUACUGCUCGAAAAAUUCACUUCGAUGACGUUCGAUUAUCUGACUUCGUCCAAUCGCCAUAAAUUCAUGUGGAAAUCCUAAUAUCCGGAUUCAGACACAUUUCACGAUGGGAAUCGACCGAGAUCCGUGCUCAAGAACAAUAACUAAUUUAACCAUUUACGGUUAGGUAAAUAAUCCAUAAGAAUGUUGCGUUUAGAAGGACUAUCCAAAGAUGUUUAUAAAAUAUCGAUAUUUCAAUUGCCCUAAGCGAUAGUAUUUAAGAAGGAAGACGAAAGAAGUGAAGAAUAUAAAAAUAGGUAAUUAAAGUGGGGAUAAAAAACUGCUUAGAUUCUCACUUCGUGCGUUCCGAAGAAGGCCGAGUGUCUCUUAUUGCGUGGCUCAAGGACGAAAAGUAGAUAUAAAUUGAAGAUAUUCGCGGUUCCGAAUCCUACAUAAGCGAGCGUCGAUGAUUCUGGAAGUCUGAAACGAGACGAAGAGACGAAAUAAUGAGUUCGGAUGAAAAAAAACGCCGAUUAAGGUCCACCGCCUGUUUUGAUUUCUUGACAUAUCAUAAAAUAAGAGGACGAAGCGAAAUAACUUUAGUCAUCGCUGUUUUCGGGGCAAAAUUGCCGGAUAAGCCGGGAGCACGAUCCAAACAAGCGAACAUCGCGAAGUGCAGAUGUGUAAAUAAGAAAAAAGUACUUUCGGAUCGGGUGUUUGGCCAAUGUUGUGAAUGAAAGAAUAUUGUUAAAGAGAUAAGAAAAAAGUGUUCGAAAUUUUGGUACGAGGAUUGAAAAUGAGAUGGAAAAAUGUAAUUCGCUCGCGAGAGCAGGAGGGAAUCGGAAAAAUGGAAGAAAGAGGCAACGAACUUGUGGAUCAAAUUAAAAAAGGAGGAUGCAUGUGCUCGAGCUAAAUGGGAAAUGGAGUGGGGAGGGAUAAAGUUACGAAGAAAAUGGCAAAUUACUGACGCCCUCUUCAUCAGCGCAUUACGUAAGAAUAUCCACGUGCAAGCUCCAGCCCCCGCGCCUCUUUCUUCGAGUUUUCUCCCUCGCUCGAUGGAUAUAAAUAUAACGAAAAAGGAGCCCACGGACACACACGUGCAUACACAGGAAUCUUUCGCUCGCAGUUUGCUCGAGUUUUCUCCGGGCUUUUCUUCGAUGCUCUUUGUCUAUGCGAAGCGUUCGCUUUGCUAUCUCUCCGCUCCCGACUAUAUCUCGUAGCCUCGAGGGAAAUAUCACGAAUUCCCACGACCGGGGACAUUGUGGCGCGGAUGGAACUUUAGUCGGUAUUUUCAAGGUGGAACGGGCUGGAGGAUCAGGCAAAAAGAGGAGCGGAGAGAAAAAAGGUAAAAAGUUUGAAAAACCGAGGGCGAAAAAAAAACAAAAAAGCUCCAAUGGAAGUCCUAACACCGUGGGGACUUUUUUUCUGUCGCAAAAGACGACGAAAAUAACAUGCGCUCGCGCGGGACAAACAAUCGUCGGCCACUCACUCGUCUCGAUAAUUCUCGAGCCCAGUGAUCAAUGGAAAAUUAGCAUCCUUCCGAGUCCUCGCAUUCGUUCGUCAUCGUCUGCCCUGAAAAUUCUUUUCUCGAUUCGCUCCAAGGGGAAAAGGGAAAUCCACCCUCGCUCGAACCUUCUGAUGAUCGAUGCUUAAUAAUUCGCAAAGGAAAGUCACCGACCGAUUGCCCAAAAAGUAUCGAGCUGCUCGUCCAGGGGAAAGAGUUGCUUUGUGGACCAUUCGAUUUUUAGACGCUCUCAUUAACUCGUACGAUCCUUUUUUCGAACGAAACUCUCCAGUGUCUAAACAGACUCGAAUUUUCUCUUCAGCAUUAAAUCCUCGCCUGCGAUAAUGAGCUUCAAUUAUACACGAUUCUCUUCGUUUUAUCACAGCGAAGAUAAUGGUGUACGAUGGAGUAGCCUUCGCUCGAUAUUUUAUCGUGAAAAGUCUGUAAAGCCUGAAAAACUUUCGAUAAAAUAAAAAAUAAAAAACUCAAGAUUUUUGCCGAAAAAAAAAAAAAAACUAGUUUCCUUUCCCAGCAGCAAAAAGCUGUCCCGGAACAGCGAUUUUCCGGCAUCAGAGAUAAAAAUUAAUGAUCAUUCGAAUUUGAAGGAAAGUUUGGAAAGAACGAACGGUCCUGAUUCGCAGCUUCUCGAUACUCCGCUGAAAAAAGUCGACCCCGCAAAUAGUCUCCCAUUUUCGAAUCUUCGGAGAGCUCACGAGCAGCUUACGCAGAAGCACAAAAAAUAUCAUUCGAGACUACGAGGCGAAAAAAAACGAAAAUUUCACUUGUACAUAAAAGGAAAAUGCUCUUUGUACAAUAAAACAAAAAAACUAGAUUCUAAAAUUAAAAAAAAAAAGAAAACAAAAAAACAAAUCCACUGUCAAUACGUAUUCAAUAUCCGAUUCACACUUUUACCACGUACGUUGUAAAUAUUAGAUCGAGUAAGCUUUAUCAAUAUGAAAAUAAUCCGAUGUACGAGACGAAUUACGUAUAGAUGUAAGCGUCAUUGGUGAGAAAAAAAGCCGAAAAAAUUGAAACUUGAGUCUGCCUAGGAGAGAGGCUGAAAAAGUGUAUUAUUUUAAAUGAAAUCGCAGAACGCUUUGAUUCCUGGAGGAAAAAAAAAACGAGUUCAAAGUCCUCGCGUGAAAGGCAGUUUCGAGAAAGAGUGAAAAAAAAAAUAAUCGAACGAAAGAGCUGUGUGUUUUUAGCAAAGGGAAGAAAAGAAUAAAAACACAGCAAACAGCAGCAUUGGAGAGAGGCAAAAUCGAUAUAUUUUUCGUCUACUCGAUAACUGCGUUGUUUGUGUACGCGAAGAGCGUCCGGGGAGUCGUUUGGAUUGGAACACUUGCCAACGAUAUUCCAACAAAUAUUUUUCACCUCCGUUUUAUUCCCGUUGAAUUUAUUUGGCCUUUUUUAUCACGAGCUCGCUGAAAGACUUCAGAAAAUGACUGAACAAUCGCAGCCCCAAUUUCAUUCCUCGACGGAAAUGAAGGGGAUUCAAAAUAUUGUGUAAAUAAAUGUAUUCGGAUGUUGAGGAAAAACUUGGUUUCCACUGUACAAUAUUCGCGACAUUAUUGGUAAAUCAAUCUUAUUAUAAGGGAGAAAUUGAUCAAUGAUAGUUGAACUUUUGUGAAAAGUGGAGGGAAAUGGAGAGACACGCGUCGUCACGAAUAAAUUGUACGUCUGUAUAAUCAAUUGUCAAGCAAUGUAUCUUAUAAUACGAGAAAUAAAAAGUACUGUCGAAAUCUCA